GCAUUGUGUGGCUAACAAAUAACAAUCUCAGUGUCUUCAAAGAAUACUAGUACUUGCCCAUUUUAUUAGCCAUUACCACUUCAUCUUCAACCAAAACUAUCUAUUUUCAGAACACAAAACAGAGAGAUGGAAGCUUGUUUUCUGAACCUGAGCUCAAAUUCCUUAACUAAGAUCACUGACUUUAAUCCAUUGGCAAAAUCUAAACUUUAUACCUUUCCAAACAAGACUUCUCUACUCCACAGUUAUAAGCGUGCCACUUCAUCUUCCAUAUCAUGUUGCCAACACGGAUCCUCAUCGUCCAAAGAUGAAGACUUAAAUCCCACACUUAGUGGUGAUUGGAGAUCAUUUAGAGCAAAACUUGUAGCAGCUGAGAAACUCUCCAACCUUGAAAAUCUCACUACAUCAGCAGUAGACUCAGCUGAUGCUGAUACACAGAUGCAAAUUAUUGGUGAUAAAUGGGCCCACACAAUCCACGGGCCUGAAAAGGGAUGCCUACUCAUAGCCACAGAGAAGCUUGAUGGGGUGCACAUCUUUGAGAGGACCGUGAUCCUCAUCUUAGCAACUGGGCCUAUAGGCCCAACUGGACUCAUACUAAACCGCCCAUCACUGAUGUCCAUAAAGGAAACUAAGUCCACAGUGUUGGAUGCAUCACGUACGUUUUUGGAUCGGCCCUUGUACUUUGGAGGCCCACUGGAAGAGGGAUUGUUCCUUAUAAACAAGCCAAAAGUCGACGACAAUGUGGGCAAAAGUGGUGUAUUUGAUGAGGUGAUGAAAGGUUUGUAUUAUGGGACAAAGGAGAGUGUGGGUUGUGCAGCAGAGAUGGUGAAGAGGAAUGUAAUUGGACUAGAUGAUAUUAGGUUCUUUGAUGGGUAUUGUGGAUGGGAAAGUGAGCAGCUGCAGGAAGAGAUUCGGGCUGGGUAUUGGACUGUAGCAGCAUGCAGCCCAAGUGUUAUUGGGCUAGAUAAUGUGAAUAGUGGAGGGAUGUGGGAAGAUAUUCAUGGGCUGAUGGGUCCAAGAAAAGUUUGGUAACUAUUCUGUUAGUCCUCAAUCAUUUAAUUGUAACAUUUAUAUAAUGUAUGUAAAAAUGGUGAACUAUUUAUAGAAUUUCUUACUAACAAGAACAUUUGUGAUCCAUAUUUUCUUUCUGAGAGAUUGGCUUCCACUACUUCUAGUUCUUAUAAGGUGUUGUACUUGCAUAGUAGCAAGCAAUAUUGUUUUACUUACUAUUACUUAUAUAUAAGAAAAAACAUAUUCAAGCGGAAUCUCAUUUCUAUUGAAACUCUA